AUGGCCGCCAUCACAAACUCAGCUCUGACGGAUGUCGAAAGAUCCACUCUGCAGUCUACUUUGGAGACGCUCAUAAGCCAAGUGGAAGCAACCCGCAAUGCUCUCCUAGAGAAUGGCCAAAAGGUGCUACUGCAGGCGCUACAUACAGACAAAGACCUGCCAGAUCCUGCCUUGGAGAUCCUUGCCGGCAAGGCGAUCAACGUCCUCCAUGAGACCCAACAGCUGCUAGAACCUGGCCAUCUAGUCCUUGCCGACCACUUCCUCGGCUAUGUCAGCACUAAAUGCCUAUGUGCCGCCGUGGAGCUGGGCCUUGUUGACAUUCUUGCAAAGGCAGAUGAGCAGGGCAUGACUGUAGCUGAGCUGGCCGAGGCCAGUCAAGCAAACCCAGACAGAUUGAAACAGGUCCUGCGCGUCCUACACAACAAUCGUAUAUUUGAAUACGAUGCGGCAUCCCAUCGAUACCGCAACAAUCGCAUCUCGGCUCUGCUCCAUACCACCCACUGGACGCAAUGGCAUAACUGGGUUGACCUCUACGGCAAUGAGUUUUACGAUAUCGCCAGAGGAAUUCCCCAAUCCAUCCGUCGUGAUGAAAAGAAAUGGGGAGCGCAGAUCAAUUUUAAUACUACGGACGACAUGUUCACCUACUUUCAGGCACAGGGCUGGCUUCCACGGCUUCACAGAACCCUCGGCGGCGGUGCCAUCGCUCAGGCACCCGGUAUCCUCGCUGAUUAUCCAUGGCAUGAGUUCGGCUCCCGGACGGUCCUAGACGUCGGCGGCGGUGGUGGCGGAUUCCUCGUGUCUCUUCUUCGCGAGUAUCCUGACUUGAAGGGGGCCAUUCUUGAUCUUCCUCGCACCAUCGACCACGCCUGCACGCUCUUCCAUGAUCCUAAAGGCACCUAUUAUGACCUGAGAGAGCGUGUUCCUCGUGAGAACCUAAUCGGGGGCGAUUUCCUCAAGUCCGUACCCUCAUUUGAAGUAUAUACUAUGAAAUGGGUGCUUCAUGACUGGAAAGACCCGGACGUCAUUACUAUCUUGCGCUGCAUUCGUGCUGCCUUGAUCCCAGGACCGGCUAGUCGUCUAGUUGUUUUGGAGUCGAUUCUUUCCGAUGGUCAAAUUGGACGUCUCUCAAGAUACGGUGAUAUCAACAUGAUGAUGACCGCCAACGGACAAGAACGUUCAGAAGAGCAGUGGCAGGAGCUUGCCGCUGCUUCUGGAUGGGAAAUCUCCAAGAUCCACCCGUUGCGGCGCUCAUGGGUUUGUGCUAUCGACCUCCGGCCGAGGGCGGACUGGAAGGCAUAG